GGGGGGUCGAGCCGUGCCGAAGGUGUUUGCGUUCGCAUGCACAGUGACUACAGUGCACCCAGCAAAACCUGCUAGUUCAUGGGAAAUGACAGAAAAGAAAACAAAUUAUUCAUUACUGUCACAUUGGUUCUGAGUCCUUGAGAUUUUAAGCGGGUUUAGUGGUUUUCUGGUCUUCUGUCGCUCUAAUAGUGCCAAUGGUUGACCUCAAAGACCGAAUUUCCAAACCCCGUGGUCUCAAAGGAACACCUACCUAUUCGUAUGUCAACAAGGCCUCUGGAGUCGCUUUUCUCUGCAUAUGGGGGUUUUCACUCACCCUAGCAUACUUUUAUCUACGUGAUAAAAACAUACACUUCUUUACACCAGAAGAACUUAGACAACGGAGCGAUGAGAAGUGGUUGGAGGGUUACAUAGAGAGUAAAAAGUUUGCCGGAAAGCAAAAAGAACGGGCGCUACAAGACCAAAAGUGGUACCCAGACUAAACUUUAAACAUGGAUAAACAGCCAAAACGGAGGGUUCUUUCCCUUUCCUUGUCUCAACCAUCAAGGCAACAAAAAAAACUAAAGCUCAAGCGACACGUCUCAGCAAGCUCUGACAAGGAAAUUGAAGAGAAUCAGCCGUGCUCGAAGACUAAUUGCAACAUAAGGGAUCCGACCAAUCCACCUAUUUUUAAAUCUCAGAAUCAGCCAACAAGGAAUGAAACUUUUACACAGUCCAGUAGUAGUGAGGAAAAGGAUUUGCCCAAGGCAACUUUUCAAAGUAAAUUGCCUGCCCAAGCCGACCCUGAAUUCCAAGAUUGCUCUGAUUCUAAGGAAGUUAUCACUAAUACAUCUCGAAUAGAUUGCCCUACUGAUGAGCAAGUAGAUAAGAGUGGCCUUACUGAGGAUGAGAGUAAUAUCACAAGGCUUGGGGAGGAUAAUCCUGAAAAAAACACUCUCUCUCAGUCUAUUCAGUUAAAUAUUCAGGAUAUAAAAAAUGGUGAGGAAAACGGGAAUAUCCGUGAACUUGAACCUGGAUCAAAUACAAAUAUCUCAAGUACUGACGUGAACAUAUCUGUCGCUCACGAGACAGAUGUAGAGGUUCUCCAAUGUCCUUUAUGCCAUAAAAUUUUUGAGAAACUUCUAUCAAAGACAUCCCAUUUAAAAAGCUGUGCCUCAAAACACAAACUCCCAACCCAUCGACUUAUUGAAAUACUGGAACUUCAAAAACGACAAGCAGCAGAAAGAAGAGUUUUAGGUUUGCCUGAUGUUCAACCACUUCCUGCAGUUAUUAAAAAAACAGUGUCAGUGAAGAAGGAGAAUCGCCAAGUGCCUAAAAUGGAUAGUAAUCUUCAACUGGCAAUGGCGCUUUCAUUAUCCAUGCAGGAUCAGAAACUGUCUGUAGAACAUAAUGCAAGAGAAAUAUCAUUAGAUCGCUUCGGAUUCACUAGUAAAUCUGUUCUGGAAGCAGCCCAAACUAGACCAAACCUCCCUUCAACUCGAGGUAAAGCAAACACAGCAGCAAAAUCUAAACCAGUUCUGUUAACACGUACCGCUGAAGAGAGGCAGCAAAUAAUAACAGAAAAAGUGGCAAUGGUACUUCUUGAAGAAACUGAAGUAAAUAAAAGAGAGAGCUUAAAUGCAGUUAAUUUAAAGUCCACAUUUCUUCAAGAAGUGUAUGAUGAGGAGAAUAUACUGUGGUCCAAGGCUUUUACCUCUCCAUCCAAAAAUGAUAGAGCCUCUUAUUAUGUUCAAAGUUUGCGGGGCUUUAUAUCUCCUAGCAAAGUAGAAAUAGGAUCCAAAGUAAUGCAUUUAUCACAAGUUGUUGGCCGCAUGAAUACACCAUCAAAGUCUAUGAAACAGAAAGAGGACGUUGACAUAGUCUCCACAUCUCCUACCGAAGAAGAUAGUUCAUCCGAUCAGAGUUCUCCUCUGCAGAAUGAAUUGAAGAAUCCUGCCCAUAUUGAAAUGAAACUAAGAGCAAAACUUUUCAAUGACUGGGCAGGUAUGGUAAACAACACAUCCAUGAGUGAUUUAAUGAUCUAUCCUCAAGAGGGAAGGGAAAUUCCUACACACAAGUUGAUUCUUAAUGUCCGCUGUCCUCGAAUUCUUAGAGACAUAUCAAAGCAGUGUAAUUCUCUUACUGGGAAUCAGGUAGAAGUAAUUAUGUGGUCAAAAACCCCACAUGCUGCUGCUUUGGCUUUUCUAGAAUAUGUUUACUGUGGCUCUGUGAAGUCCAUACGUGUUUUAAGUGGAGACUUGACUAGUAUUACCUGGCUUGCAGCUCAUUAUAAAAUUUCAGACCUCUUACAAUAUCUGUGUGCUGUAAAAGAAGAAACUGCCUCCCUGACAGCUUCACAAAUAGUCCUGAAUGUUGUGAGAAACAUGGAUCAAACUUCAACAUCAUUUGAUUUUGAAAGUAGAGGUCAUGAAAGUGAAGAACCUCAACAGAAUGACAUUGAUUCUAACUCAAUAUCACAUAUUGAUGAGGGCAGAUCAUCUUGUAUUAAAAGGUUGUCUAAAACUUUAACUAAUUUAUCUACACCACCAGUUAAAGCAUCAUCAAAAAGUGAAACUGAUUCUAUCUACAGUGAAAUAACUGCUCAUGAGUCUGAAGUCCGUAGCCUCUGCUCGUCUCCAGACAUCUUUGGUGAUGAGGAAGUUGCAGAAUUACCAGAGGAAAGUCCAACUAAGGAGCCCAAUGUGGUAUGCCCUGAUGCUGUCAAGACGAAAGGGAUAUCACCUGAUCUGCAUGAUCUUAAAACUGAUUCAAGCGUUACUGGAAGACCUCCUUCUGCUACCUCCAUUUCAAGCGAAAAGACUGUUGUUUGUGAGAAUGCAUCAUCUCAUUUUCUUUGUUCAUCCACUGCCAAUGCUGAUGAUGAUAUAUCUGAUAAAGAUUCAUUUGCUGCUUCUCCUGCUUUCUCUGUUGCAAGUGCCGAAACUGAAAUUGUAGAUUUUAAUCAAAGUUGUUUGAAAAAAAUUAGCCGUCUAUCUAAUGAAUCAAAAAGAAAGCUUUCAAACAGUUCUCAAGAUGGCGACAAAAGUGCUUCUAAGCGCAAAUGUGCGCACGUCUCAGAUAGAGAUUCAGAAAAUAAAGAUGCUCAUGUUGAUUUUUUCGAUUUGACUCAAGAUUCAGAUUCUAGUUUAUCUCCUGCUGUUGUUGAAAAUAAUGAGAGUGCAGACUUAAGUGAUAAAGUUUGCAUAUCAUCUGAUAGUGAACUGCAAUACCAAGAAAAAAUCAUUUCAAGACCAGUGGAAGACAGUAGAAUAAUGGAUCCAGAUCCAGAUCCACAUCCACAGGAUGCAAAUCAUAGAGUAGGUUCAGGUGAUGAGUGCAAUAAUGAAAGACCUGAUUUGAUUAAACACGUUGAAGAUACUUAUGUAAGUCCUGUGUGGGAUGGGUUUGAGGACCUUCAGUAUGAUGACCCAUUUUUAGUCUCCCCACAACCUCUUGAUGUGAAUGAGCAGCAUAAAAUUGCAACUGCUAGCGCAAGGUCACCUCACAUCCAUAAUCUUAGUGAUAGCUCUCCUGGAAAUAUUUCACCUCAAGUGAUUUCUGAAUCAGAAAAGGGCAAAGAUGUAGAAGAAGAGAGCCCCUCUGACUCUGAAACCCUCCUGAGAAAUCCAACUAGAACUCUAAAUCCACCAACAUCCUCUGGUUUUGAUGCACUUCUCGAUGACUCUUUUAAUAUUAAUGAAACAUUAUUACAACAAGCAGAAUGUGGAAAAUUUACUCAGAGAGACACAAAGGGAACUCCGGUUAAUCGAAUUCUUUCAUCUCUAAAAGAUAAUGUUACUCCAUUGGCUAACUAUAGUGCUAUGAAAACACCAGAGCUGAAAAGGGAGCUGCAGAAGUUUGGUCUGAAACCAACCCUUGGUAAACGCAAGGGCAAAAUAAUGCUCCGUCAUAUCUACAGUGAACUUCAUCCAUGGGUUCCUGAGGCAACUGAUGAGAGGUUUCAAGAGGAACAUAGCUUAAGCCAACCAGUUGAGAUACAGCCUCUAGCUCAGACCAAUUCCCGAAAACUGACAUUUUCUAGUUGUGAAGGAGGGAGGAAAAAUGUAGAACCUGUUCAGAAGGAAGAUCAUACUUCUGAUUCUGACUCAGAUUCAGAUGAGCAAGCAAGCAAAGUGAAUACCAGUUUACAAGAAAUAAAGUUUAUGGAGGAUGAUUGUGAAGAACCUCAACUGUGCAGUCAAUCCAACCAGCCUGCAAGUAAAAAUCUUCCAAAAGUUGUCUAUGACUUUAUAACAAACGACACUAAGCUUCACCAACAAGUUCUUGAAUAUGAACCUAUAUGGAUUGAGAAGCUUCAUUCUGACUUAAGAAGUAAUGGUUUUAAAUUUAAAAUCCAAGAUUUGAUGUCAUUUUUGGAUGAAAAGUGCAUAACAUUCCGAACUUCAAACAGUGGUCCCAGGGUGAAGAAAAAAAAGCAAAAACCAGGCAAUAGUAAAAAGCAGAUUUCUGCUUCCACAAAUUCUGACGAAUGAACAAUCAAAUUAGUUUUUAUUGAAAAAAGUAGAUUAAUUGGUUUUAGUACCUUUUAAAGUUAAUGACAGUACAUGCUUGCAACAAAUUUUAUUCCUUAACUUUUGUCUUGUUAAAUAAUCAAUUUUUUUUUUUAUUUCUUUUGUUUGUAGAGAUUGGGUAGUGUGUUAUUCUGUUCAAGUUACUAAGACUGACGAUUGUGAUAAAUGUAGUGUUCUGAAAUGGGAAAAUAAAAAGAUUUGUAACUUCAAAUAAACACUUUAAAAGAUG